AUGGCACGACAGAAUAAAUAUGAGAUUUACCUUUUGAACAAUCCGAAUCUUUCCUUUCAGUGCUGCACCACCAUCAAUCCUGCAACCUUUCUGGAACACGUUCCAGAAGAAAAGGAGUUCUCCGGCCACGACUGCCUCCAAUUGAUACACGAGGACACAUCGCCAAGGCCUGAUCUCAGAGACACGGCCAUGUCCAACCCUGAUGUCUCCUUUUUCACUGAUGGAAGUUCUUCCAUAGAUGAGCAAGGAAGACGGUUGUCUGGGUAUGCAAUCGUCAAUCAAGACGGUGACACCGUCGAGUCAGCAGCGUUUGAAAAUCCGUUUUCUGCACAACAAGCUGAACUUUUCGCAUUAACUAGGGCAUGUACCUUAGCUGAAGGUAUUUCAGCUAAUAUUUACACUGAUUCACAGUAUGCUUUCGGAGUCGUUCACGAUUAUGGACAAUUGUGGAAAAAUCGAGGCUUCCUGACCUCAUCGGGAACAGUUAUUUCACAUCAGAAGUUAGUUUCCAACCUUUUACAGGCAAUCCAAUUGCCCAGUCAGCUUGCAGUUAUUAAAGUUCGUGCCCACACAUCAGGCCAGAGCCCUAUAGAUAUCGGCAAUCGCCUUGCUGAUGAGGCAGCUAAAAAAGCUUCCUGGACUAAUCAUAUUGUUGUGCCCCGAAUGAUGAGGCAGACUAAAAAUUCUAGUAAGAAUCAGUCUCCCCCGGAAAAAGGAAUGCCAACCAUCCAGGAAGUACUUCAAAUACAGGAGGACGCUCCUGUACAGGUCAAACAGCUGUGGCAGGACCAGGGUUGUGUGCAUGAUCCUGUCACUAGCCUAUGGGUUACGCCUGCCGGACAGACUUGCAUGUCUGACGAGCUUGCGUUGUGGGUUAUUGAAUGUGUACACUUUGCAACUCAUUGUGGUGCCAAGGCUAUAAGUGAUAUGCUUUUGGAGACCUGGUGGCAUCCGAAACUUCUGGACUUGUCUCAGCGUAUCAGCCAGCGAUGUCUGAUUUGCCAGCAGCAUAAUCCAGGUAAAGGCUUGCCCUGUGAACCAGAUACGGACCACUCCUUCUGGUACGGCACGAUUAACGCCUGCAGAAAUCAUAUACGGUCGACCUUUACGGACGCCAUGGAAUGA